UUUGUGGAAUAACAAAGCAAUUGAUAAUGCCGUUUGAUAGUAGAAGAUGCCACUCCUUGAACUUUUAUGUUGCUUAUUUUCUUACUAUAUAUAUACAUCAUGAAGAUGAAGAUGAAGGAAACCAACUACUUGAGACACAAAAAUGGAGAAUGCACUUCCGUUCGCCGUCCUUGUCGUUACUCUUACAAUCACCUACCUCAUCUUCAAAUAUUCCAAUGCCUCCUUGAGCGGGAAGAAUCUACCUCCUGGCAACACGGGCUGGCCGGUCAUUGGUGAAAGCUUGGAGUUUCUGAGCACGGGGCGACAGGGUCAUCCAGAGAAGUUCCUGUUUGACAGAAUGAAGAGGUACUCGAGUAAGGUGUUCAAGACAUCAUUGCUGUGCGAGCCAGCAGCAGUGAUCUGCGGGGCUGCAGGGCACAAGUUCAUUUUCUCCAAUGAGAAUAAGCUGGUGACCUCGUGGUGGCCUAACUCAGUCAACAAAAUCUUCCCUUCUUCACUGCAGACCUCAUCUCAGGAGGAAUCCAAGAGAAUGAGAAAGCUCCUCCCCCAAUUCCUGAAACCUGAAGCUCUCCAGCGAUACAUAGGGAUCAUGGAUAAUAUUGCACAGAGGCAUUUUGCUUUCUAUUGGGACAACAAAAACCAAGUCACGGUUUUCCCUCUUGCUAAGAUGUACACUUUCUGGUUAGCCUGUCGUUUGUUCCUCAGCAUGGACGAUCGGGAGGAAGUAGAGAGGUUCGCCAAGCCUUUUGAUGCCCUGGCUGCAGGGAUUAUAUCCAUACCUAUCGAUUUUCCAGGGACAUCCUUCAACCGAGGCAUCAAAGCAUCAAAUUUGGUGAGGAAGGAGCUGAUCAAGAAGAUCAAACAGAGGAAGAUUGAGAUGGCUGAGGAUAAAGCAUCCGGCACCAAGGAUAUACUGUCUCACAUGCUAACCGCAGUAGACGACAAAGGGGAGUACAUGAACGAAAUGGAUGUAGCAGAUAAGAUUCUCGGGUUGCUGGUCGGAGGCCACGACACAGCCAGUGCUGCCAUAACCUUUGUUGUCAAGUAUCUAGCAGAGUUGCCGGAAGUCUACGAUAAGGUGUUAGAAGAACAAAUGGAAAUUGCAAAAGCUAAAGGAGAAGGAGAGGUAUUGAAUUGGGAAGACGUACAAAAGAUGAGAUAUUCAUGGAACGUGGCCAGUGAAGUGAUGAGACUUGCUCCUCCUUUACAAGGAGGCUUUAGGGAGGCCAUUGCAGACUUCACCUACGCAGGUUUCGAUAUUCCCAAAGGAUGGAAGCUCUACUGGGGUGCCAACUCCACCCACAGAGACCCCGAGUGUUUCCCAGAACCAGAGAAAUUCGACCCCUCAAGGUUUGAUGGCAAAGGACCUGCUCCUUACACCUUCGUUCCUUUUGGAGGCGGACCUAGAAUGUGCCCGGGAAAAGAAUAUGCUAGACUUGAGAUCCUGGUUUUCAUGCACAACAUUGUCAAGAAGUUCAGGUGGGAGAAGCUGCUUCCUCAUGAGAAGAUCAUUGUGGAUCCGCUUCCCAUUCCUGCUCAAGGCCUUCCCGUUGCCCUCCAUCCCCACAACUCCACCUGAUCUUUUACAUCAAUCACAUUGUUGUUUCUUAUUUUUGAAGAUUAUCAAUGAAAUUAAGCGCUCACCUUUGCUCUAUCUCCAAACAUUUCUCAUACAAGUAUAAGCGCAUACAUAGCGUAGAGGAAAUGCAUGAGCAAAAGCAUAAUCACAUUCUCUUUGUUGUUUCUUUUUUGGCAAUAA